UAUAGGUGUUAUAGCUCGUGUCUCGAAACACGCUUUUUCUGUCCGUAGUUUUGAGUCGGUCUCUCGAUCAUUUCUUUAUUAGUUACCGGGUUUUCCUCAUUGCUGGAACAGUGCAGUAAACAGUCUUGAGCGUAAUGUCCGUCCCAACUCCGCGGGAAUUUUCCUGUGACGGUAAAUAUUUUGCCUUCAUCAACAGUCAAGGCAAGUUCGUAGUACACGAGGUUGAAACAGGCAACGUGAGUCAAGUAUACACUCCAAACCUACACCUAAAUUCUCCAUGUACGUGUUUUGCUUGGAUUAAAGUUGCUGGUGGCGGCGGACAAAGUGUUAAAAAGAAAAAACGAUCCAGCACUAGUCAGUUUAGUGAACCGCAAACAAUGGUCGCGUUUGGGACCAGCAAAGGUGGAGUGGCUCUGUACAGUUUAGCCGUAGCCAAGAUUGAACAAACGUUCCAAGGUGCUGGACACUCCGGUUCGAUAACGGCCAUUUACGCGAACCAGAAAAACGAUACUAUCUAUACAGCUGGUGUAGAUGGAAAAGUACUGGAAUGGAGCUUGAGUAAAUGUGAGCAGAAACAGGUUUACAAUGUCGGUAUAGAGAAACUCAGUUGUUUGGCGGUAUUCGAUGAGGGUACAAACCUGUUAACGGGUUCUAAACAGAUAAAGUUGUGGGACACGUCAAGCGAGAAAAUCGUUAAAACCUUGGUGGGUCACACGUCCAGUGUGGUGUUGAUCGAAAAGCUCAUUGGGCAUAACAAGCAAAACUAUGUUCUAACUGGAUCGGUUAACGAUCGCAAUAUAUCAUUAUGGUGCUUGGAAGAGGACCAGAAUUCUCCGAUAGGGCUGUUUUCUAUGGAUGAUAGUCCGGAGUACAUUUCUACACAACUGGUUGAUUCCAAGAUACAUUUGGUGGCAGUCUCCAAAUCGGGUGUAGCGUAUUACUAUGUCAAAGAUGUGGAGAAAAUUAAAUCCACAAAGCCCAUCAAGGCAAGCCACACAUAUGAAGUAGCUGUAAACACAACAGAAAGUGGUUCAAAAACCGUUGAACGGCUAUCAAUAUUCACUGCGAGUAUUCAGUUCUCUUCGAACCAGGAACGAUUGCUAAUUGCAUACGGAACCGAGCUCAGUCUUAAGUUUGAACAAAUCGCCAUCGAUAAAGGAAUCAAACAAAAUGUAAUAAUCCGGGAACAAAUGUCUGUCUUCCAACGGAAGGGGCAAGAUGAUAAAAUGAAAAGCAAAACACCCGCCGUUGUUUCUGCCGUAGCCGAGUUCUUGAAUCCUGCAAAUGCUGGCAAAAAGUCUUUGAAAACUGUUGAGAUCCCAAUGGAAGCACGACUAGAAAACUUGGCUCUUACUGCGGACGUUAGUUCUAAAAGUACUUUCAGUCCUAAAAAUAUGGCUCACUUAUUAAUACAGGGUCUUCACAGUAAGGAUGCUGCUCUGUUGCGAACAGUCUUUAGUAAAACAGAACCGGAAGUGAUAGAGCGAACCGUGGAAAGAAUACCGGCACAAUAUGUUAGUACGCUUUUGAGUGAAAUUUCCAGCUUGAUGCAGAAGAAAACUGUCCAUGUCGCCACGGCCACGUGCUGGUUGAAAGCCCUUAUCAACAGUCACGCUAGUCAGCUAAUGGCACUCGGAUCAGAAAACCUUCUUUCUAAUUUCGGUACCUGCUUAGGAAUCAUUGAGUAUCGAGCGCAGCAUGCGAGUUCAUUGUCCAAAUUAAGUGGCCGCCUAGACCUGCUUGUAGGACAAAUCGAUCGGACCGAACGUUUGGCAGCAAAUCCAGAAGAUCGGACUGAUUCCAACUGUCUCGUAUAUCAAGAGGAAGAAGACUCUGAUGUGGAUUCAGUUAUUGGUAAAGAGCUUGUUUCUAGCGAAGGAUCAUCUGACGAUGAAUUUGAUGGUGUAAUGGAUGAUGAAGGUGAGGAGGAGGACGAAAUGGCCGGAAGUUUCGUUCGUCUGCGCAACGGAACGAAUAAUCACGACGACGAACUGAGUGAGGAGGAAGAUGGUACACAACAAGUACUCUCAAACGAUGAGAUGGAUGUCUCGGAUUAACUAGUGUAGAUCAGUUAUUCGUGUUACAUUCGAUUACGUCGUUGUAUUUUUGUUCACAAUACACUGAUUUCUCCGUACAA